AUGGCAAGAUGGGUGGUGAGAAACCAGGAUAUGACUCAAUUUAGCAUAUCCCUCGGCGCGGAGGUUGGCCUUAGCUGCAGCCACACGAACCCUGGUCGGCAUCAGUGGCAUGAAAACUGUGGCUUGAACACAUUCCUUCGAACAAAGGUUGGCUCAACCUGCUGUGCACCGCCUCAGUUCGUGUUCCGCUUGGGGGUCAUCAAUAAUGCCACAGGCCAGGUCCCUUUGAUUAUGUCGCGAGCUAGAGGACCAAUCCUCUCCGCAUCCAAACAAAGGAAAACGCCUGACCUAAACGGGGCUAGGCGCUGGGGGAAGAUCAGCCUCACGCGGCACUAUGCCCGAUCUGUGAGCUCCUUGUAUCAUCAACCGCCAACGUCAGUUCUUCUUCUCGGGCAUUUUCAACCACAACAUCCCCCUCCUGUUCAUGCGGUCCAAUCCCAGUGGCAUUUUAUUGACGAUGUCGUGCUGUAUUUGCUGUUACGCUAUGCCAUGCAUUUCUAUUUCAACCAACUGAGAUUGCACUGGUUGGGGAUUGACGAUACCAUAGCAUUUCCCUAG